GAGUCAGCUCUGUGCACGUCACAGGACUUGGAGGACACCCACACGCCCUCCUAUUUUCUUCCACAAAGUUAAAAAAGCUGCAAUUGGGAGGGACCCUCCGAUAGCUUUGGUGGCCCAUUCUGUUCCUGCUGGAGCUGACAUAUGAAUGUCUUGGAGGAGGGGGGAAUAUCAUCAUAUAUUCUCCUUUCAUACUGUUUAAAGCAUUGGAAGAAUCAGCUUUAAGAAAAAGAUUAAACCAAAAUGACAACUGCUCAAUUUGAUUGUCAAUACUGCACAGCAUCACUUCUUGGGAAGAAAUAUGUACUAAAGGAUGACAAUCCAUACUGUGUUUCAUGUUAUGAUCGUGUAUUUUCUAACUAUUGUGAGGAGUGCAAAGAACCAAUUGAAUCAGAUUCCAAGGAUCUUUGUUACAAAGGCCGUCACUGGCAUGAAGGAUGCUUCAACUGUGCCAAAUGCAAUCACUCUUUGGUAGAAAAGCCUUUUGUUGCCAAGGAUGAGCGCCUGCUGUGCUCAGAGUGCUAUUCUAACGAGUGCUCCUCCAAGUGCUUCCACUGCAAGAAGACCAUCAUGCCUGGUUCCCGCAAAAUGGAAUUUAAGGGGAACUACUGGCAUGAAACCUGCUUUUUGUGUGAGCACUGCCGACAGCCGAUAGGAAGAAAACCUUUGAUUUCCAAAGAGAGUGGCAACUAUUGUGUGCCCUGUUUUGAGAGGAAGUUUGCUCACUACUGCAGCUUUUGUAAGAAGGUGAUCACUUCAGGUGGGAUAACGUUUCGUGACCAGCCGUGGCAUAAAGAGUGUUUUCUGUGUAGUGGCUGUCGGAAGGAGCUCUGUGAAGAAGAGUUUAUGUCCAAAGACGACUAUCCAUUCUGCCUGGACUGCUACAACCAUCUUUAUGCCAAAAAGUGUGCCGCCUGCACCAGACCCAUUACUGGUCUCAGAGGUGCCAAGUUUAUCUGCUUUCAAGACCGCCAGUGGCACAGCGAAUGCUUUAACUGUGGCAAGUGCUCAGUCUCUUUGGUGGGGGAAGGCUUCCUGACCCAGAACAAGGAAAUCUUCUGCCGCAAAUGUGGCUCUGGGGUAGACACUGACAUCUAGAAGGAGACAGUCCUUCCCCAACUGAAAUCCACCUUGCUUUUGUUCUCACUAAAUCCAGGACUUGAUUGGCGUUGUCUUUCUGACUUAAUUUUUAGAAAAAAAUUAAUGUAGAGUUUAUAGUGGGAGAGUUUUUGCACACAUUCUGAUUGAACUAUAAGAGUUCAAAAAAAGCACAGCCUAACAGAAAUAUGAAUAUAUACUAAAUCACAUAGGCACCUUUCCUUGCAAUAUACUGCACUCUGCUGUUAGAAAUUUAGGAAAAUAUUUUUUAUUGUAAUCGAGUGUAUGACCUAUACCUAGGAGUCAGGGAUGUUAAUACUGAAGACUGAUGUUUCUCAAAACUGCAGAGUAAAAAGGAAAUGAAGAGAUCAAAUUGAAAGGCAUACAUGAGAUUAAUAUUUGCAUUCCUAACUAGCUAAUUGUAGCUAUUGGCUAUGAACUGUAGAAGAACAAAACUAAUCAGGGAAACUGAUUCAUUAUCAUCACAUUUAAGUACUCUGUCAUUUUAUCAUUCUUUUAUUGUUCACACACACUGACUUUGGAGUUGCAAAAACAAAGCUGCCAUUUGCCCUCAUCCACCCCGCUUCCACAGCUGGUUGGUUACAAUAUUUAAUCAAUGGAAUCUGAGAAUUCUGGACACUAUGACUCUCAUUCUCUGCAUAGAUAUAAAAGAGUCCUUUUUACCUAGGGAUGGUCAAAGCAGAGGUUUCAACACAUUUUAAUAUUAAAUGCAUCUUCAAAGCCCACAAUAAUUUUUUUUCAUAAAUACUUACAGAUUCUGUGAAAGGAAAGUCUAUUCUUUCAAAUGAGCUAACCAGGAUAAUCAUUGUCCCCAAAGGCAAACCUUUAAAGUAAAUAGAUCAUUAAAUCAUCACUUGUGGAAAUGAGUUUUAGGGAAGGGACUGAGUGUUGGAACAUGACUUUCAUCCAGAUAACUAAAGGCAUAACAGAAUGCAUAAUUAGCUCUGAGCCUCAUGCAUUUUGCCUUCCAAAAUUACAAAGAUGAUUAAUGGGAAGACAUAAAAGUGGGCUUUAAAAAAAUCUAGUAAUAAUAAGAACUGAAAAAAGAAUAAUUAAUUGCUGAUAAUUCAAGACCCACAAAGCAGCACAAUACAGCAAUAAAGUCUGUAGAUGAGCCCCUGCCAAUGUUCCUCCACAACCGUGCCCCCUGCCACACCCAUGCCAGCCACCACGGCCGCGACAACCCUGUCCCAGAGCUUCAGUCCUUGCAUGACUGUGAGGGGUACACUCAGCCCUCAGUUGCCAGUCUACAGUUGCCAGUCAGUGUUUAUUGGUCACAGCCUUAAUGAAAAGCCCGCCACCAUGUGUUUAUACCAGACAUCUACUGAUGAUGACCCUACCUGGCUGCCCCUGGACAAUAUUUUCCACAUUAUGUGGAAUAAAUGGAAAGCAAGCUCUGUUCUCCAUACUCAGUUAUCACCUUCAGUUAGAGUGUCACUUGUAUGGAGUAGAGAGAGGUCAGGAGAAGAAACUCACAUUGACCUAACAUUUUUAUAAGUGUUUACUUUCAGAUUACUGCAUAGCUUUAAAGGUUCUGAUUGAAAUCUAAUUAUAUGCUGUGGCUGAUUACAAGGAUUAAAAUAGUAUCACAGAAAAUUCAAUUUAAAUGGUUAUGGAAGCGCAAGUUUUGAAACAGUUUAAAAUGCAAGGACAUUUCAAGAUGCUAGCAAUUUAGAGAUACUAAUUAAAGGUCAGGAUGUACAUAGGCUAUUUGAAAAAUAUAAUUAUCUUUUCUGCCAACAUAUUUCUUCAUAUUCACAUUAUUAAAUGUAGGCAAAAGUAUCAAUAUUUUUCCUGCAUUGUUUGAAAUUGCACAUGUGGAACUGAAUAUGCCAAUUGUUCUAUGAUCCAGAAAAUAACCAUGUAUUAUAUACGUAGAAAACCAAGCCAUUCUGAAUCUGAAUAGAUAUACCACAUGUAAUACUAUCUCAGUUAACCAAUUAUAAACAAACAUACAGAAUGUAAUGGUUUUUCUUAGUUAAACAAUUGGUAACGUCUAGGCAUUUUGCUGUGGGAGGUUGCGGGGGCUGGUGUAAGUAUGCAUGUGAUCAGGCUUGUGUUCAGUCUUUCCAAUUAAAAUUCACAGAACCAUUUGCAAGACAGAUUUUGUGAUCUUUUGAUAAGUAAAGUUACGUAUAUUUACUUUCACAUAUAAAUAAUUCCACAGUUAGAAGGUAGCUUAGUCAUCAAAUUUAUAUUAAACAUGUGCUGUGCACACUAGAGCUCGAGCUGCUGUAGUUCUGGGGUGGUGGGAGGGUAUAUCAGGCUAUGGAAGUCUGGGAGACGCAGAGAGCCUCCCCAACAACUUACACAAAGUGCCACUGUCAAGGUAACACACAACAACUGAGAAAGGAGACACCAUCAGACGGACACACACAAAGAUGAGAGUAAAGAUCACACACUGUAUACUACGGUUGAUUUAGGUCAGUAAAGAGAAAAGCUAACUGACCUACCCAGAGAUGGAACAGGCUGCCUUAGGAAGCUGUGGGCUCCCAGUGAUUCAGGGCAUAACAUCUGCACAGGCAGGGAAGCGGUUAGAAGCAAAUCCUGUGAGCUAGUAACAGCCCAGAUGGCUUGGAAAUAGAGAAACUCUGCCAAAGAGCAAGAAGAAAUGAGACUGCUAGAGGAGAAAGGGUCAGAUGAAGGGGGAAUGUGAAGUCUUAAAAUAAAAGUUUUAUAGUUAGUAGAACAGCCAACAGAAAGUCACUAACUGUUCUUAAAUAGAGGAGAAAAACAUUACGACAGUGUUUGAGGAACAGGGUGCUAAGGAUUCUGUGUGGCCUAGAGCUGAAGAGGGCGAGGUUCCAAAGGUUAGGCCUCUGACCACAGUGAGACUUUGGUUAGUGGCUACAGGAGUGAAGAAAGAGACGCAGUAGGUUACACAGGCCAAGAGCUGUAUCUGUCCAUACAGAUGAGCAAACAAUCGCUGAGUCAAAUAUUUUAUCUUGUCAUGUUGGGGUUAGAGAUGAAAAAGAGAAACAAAGAAGAGAAUUUCUGCUUCCAUGAUAACAGGUAGGGUGCUCAAGGGUUCAGUUUUCACUUAACAAAAUCAUAAACAUGUCAUAUUGGGAUGAUCUGGGCCCAGUGGUUAAGUGAAGUGUCAUAGCGCUACAAUCACAGGUUCAGAACCUACAUGGUCACUAUAACUUUAACAAAAGAAACAUUAAGGUGUAUGUACACUGGAGUGAAAGGUUGGCCAACCUUUGUGAAAAUGCCUAACCCUGGCACAAAUGGCCUUGGUUAAAUGUCACUGCAAAACUUAGCACCACAAAUGAAAAGUCAGCCUAAAAACAGGUGUGAUGUUAGUUACACCAUUUUUGAAUUUAAGGAAAAAAGUACUUUUUAAUCUGCUUGGUGUAUUGGUAAUAACUCAUAUUUUAAAUAAGAAAAUGAUUGUUAUAGUAUGCUUUAGAUAUAUUCACUUGAGCACAUAAAUUAUUCUCAAAUAUGUUUAUUACGAUGAUAAUACAGUUUUUACUUGUUGGACAAA